UUAACGGUCGCCAAACAGUUGCUGCCAAACUCAGACCAUCGACAUGUCGCAACAGUGGCCCUCAAACUGUGCCAGGCUUUUGAUUUACCUGGCGGGGAUCUUGCUCUUUGCCACUCACCUGGCAAGCGCUUCCAGCCAGAUCGAUGUGGAUGCGGAUCUCAGGCAUCUGCUGGGCCGUUGCCAAAAGACGGACGAGGACUUUAACGAGUGCAUGCGACAGGUGUUCAACGAUCUAAGGGCCUACUUCACCACAGGUGUGCCCGACUACAACAUCAAGCCCUUUGACCCGCAUCACUGUACCUAUGUGGAGUUGCGGCGAGGUGAGUCACACGGCCUGGGCAGCUUUCGUCUGAUCUUGCGCAAUGUCUCCGAGUUCGGAUGGGCACGCUCCGAGGUGACCAAGUUCCACGCCGAUCCCGAGGACAGCCGCAUCGUCUACACCCAGUAUUUCCCGGAGAAGAGCCUGGAGGGCGAGUACGAGUUCGCCGCCAAGAUGCUGGGCACGGAGAUGAACCGAAAGGGCCACUGGAACCUCACCCUUUACGACUACAGUCAAACUACCAGCGUGCGACGAAUCGGGGACCCAGGCUCGCUGAUCAAGGUUCACGUCGAGGUGGAUAAGAUCGGCGGAAUGGAGCUGCACAUUGAGAAUCUGCUGCAGGGACAGCCGCUUAAUCAAUUGGCCGAUGGAGUCAUUAACAGCAUGUGGCAGCUGGGAUUGCCGUUCAUCAAGCCGAUGAUUAACGAGCUGGUCAGCACCGCGUUUACGGACAUUUUCAACGAAUCCUUUCGACACUUUCCCCUCGAGAAGUUCCUCGCCACGUGA